AUGGUGGUGAAGCUCUCGAAAGCGGAGAAGAAGGUCCGCUACGACAAGAAGCUGUGCUCGCUUCUGGACGAGUAUGGGAAGGUCCUAAUCGCCGCCGCCGACAAUGUCGGGUCCAACCAGCUCCAGAGCAUCCGCAGGGGCCUCCGUGGCGACUCCGUCAUCCUCAUGGGCAAGAACACCCUCAUCCGCCGCUGCAUCCGCUUCCACACCGAGAAGACCGGCAACAAGGACUUCCUCAACCUCCUCCCCCUUCUCGUCGGGAAUGUGGGAUUGAUAUUCACAAAGGGCGAUCUUAAGGAAGUUAGCGAGGAGGUUGCCAAGUACAAGCCAACUCUUAAUGGUUCAACAUCUAAUCUUGCAGACUCCUCAGACCGACCCUAUACCACAUUAUUUUCUGGCCAGUCUGCGGCAGUGCCUGGGUUCCAUCCUUCUGGUGGUCUUCAAGGAUUGCAUAAUAUUCAUGGAAGCUUCAACCUGCCAAAUGUGCCUGGUUCACUUGCAUCCAGAGAGGUUGCAAUGGGUGUUGUACCAUCAGGUGGUGUUCAGCAACCAGGAGGAAGCAUUCCUAGUGGAUGGUUCUCAUCAAACAAUCUUUUGGUUGCAUUAUCUCAGAUGCCUCAUGGCUCUGGUGUCACAAAUAGAGGGGGUAUUAAUGUUGUUGGAAAUCAUGCUUUUAGUAGUAGUAAUAUUAAUGAAGUCACUGGGUCAAUAACUGGUAUUUCCUCAAGUUCAGCUUCUGGGAAUCGUAGUUCUGUUCCUGGUUUGGGAGUUUCUCCGGUAUUGGGUAAUGUAGGGCCAAGACUUACGAGCUCUGUAGGCAACAUUGUUGGUAGUGGUAACAUGGGAAGAAGCAUCAGUUCUGGAGGAUUAUCUCUGCCUGGAGGAUAUUUAGGAUACCAAGAUGGCAUCAGAGAUAAACGUUGCAGCCAUAUCAGCACCUAUCCAAGCAACCAGGGAGGCUCUAAGCAACUAGAGAAGGGUUAUAUAAAAGGCUUUGAGACAGAACUUGAUAAAUUCAUUUUACUUGUCAUUGAAUGA